AUGACCAUUAACCAUUUCCUUACCUCUUUAGAGCGAAAAGUAGACAGUUCGGCGUGUAUUUAUAUGUCCGUUUCAAAAGGUGAACAUAGUCCGUUCUCCCCUCAAUGGGUCAACCGGAAAUUAUAUACGCUCAUGUUAGUCAUAUAUACACCCAGAGAAUUGAACACAGAUUCUCCAUUGGUCAUUGACGAUUUGGGAUCUGAAAUUAAAGUACAGGAAUCGAUCACAGAUUGCAAUAAAUCAUGGUUACUUUUGGGUUUAAAACAGAGUGGUUUCGGAAAAGGACGAUGGAACGGAUUUGGUGGUAAAGUCGAAUUAAGUGAUGCGAACCCAAAAGCUGCUGCACUUCGAGAACUGAAUGAGGAGUCUGGUUUAACACUUGAUGAGUCUUCCGUUGACGAAGUUGGUCGUCUAUGGUUUACUUUCGCUGAGACACUGGAGUGUAUGGAAGUACAUGUGUUUAUCUGCCGAACAUGGACACCUACAUUUAAUGGUCAUACGGUUAAAUGGCCUUGUUAUACAGAAGAAAUGCAUCCAGCUUGGUUUCCACUUAUAAUGAAUAAAGAUAAUACAAUAAAUACAUCAUCUUUACCAUGGGAACAUAUGUGGCCUGAUGAUUUGUUAUGGGUUCCUGAUAUACUUCAAGGAAAUCUUAUUCUAGCUUGGUUUCAUUAUCUUCGACUUUCUAAUCUAUCGAUUACAAAUAGUCAAAAUUUAAUUGAUCGUUCAACGGAAACUAAUGGGAUCUCUAUUGACUUAUAUGAAAUACCAGCUUAUCAUUUGGAAUCAUUUACUACUGAUGAAAAUGAGUUAUUGUCUGCUGAUAAAGAUAACGAUUGUAAAUUAUCCAGUGUUCAACGAAUUAUUGAUCGAUUGGAUUUAGACAAGAAUGAUAAUAAUUUAAGAUUAUGGAUGAGUUCAUCAUUAUAUGAUAAUGAAUUUGUUGUAUCUCCUUUGAUACUUCAGAAAAUUUUACAUUAUCCCAUCUAA